UUUUGUUCAUUGAAGCAGUACGAGAUAGUUGGAAAUAGAAUGCUGAUAGUAACGAAGCUGUUCUUAACUAUCCUACCAAUUACAUCAAGUAGUUUAUUUCAAAAUCUUCAAUUAACAACCUUUCCUCAACCAUCAAGAUAUGCUUCAUCAGUUCCAAUCAAUUUUGUGGAGUUUUUCCUUGAGUUCCAUAUGUAUCAUUUAGGAUUUAAUAUUAAAGAUUUAAGUAUUAAUUGCUCGCUUUCCUUUCAUGAACUUGCACAAUCAACAAAUGAUACUUAUAUAUUUAACAUUUCUAACGAAAUACAACUAAAUAAUUACAAGGAAUGUGAGAGGACGUUAGUUGAGCUAAAAACAUAUGGAAUGGCGGCAAUAUUUAUUAUUAAUAAAGAAAUGGAAAAUCUUGCCAGAACUGCAUUUGAAAAAGUUAACCCAAGCAUAACAAUACCAUUUGUUUUAUUGAAAGCCUAUGGGAAAACUUUUCAUUAUUAUGAUAAAAUCAUGAUUUUUUCAACCGUCAAUAAUAAUCAAACAUUUUUAGAUAGUACAGAACAUAAUUUAGCUGAAAAUUCAUCUUUUAAAGUAGAUGGUGUCGACUCUAACAGUUUAAUAUUACAAAGUCUUGAAAAUGCUUCUGAUAAAAAUAUUGAGACGUGUUCGCUUCCAAUAAACCAGCCCUGGAUAUUUUCAAUAAAGAUUUCCGGUUUUCGUAUAAGGAUCAAUAAUGUCCUGAUAGAGUUUAGUCUGAACAUUACUGAUUAUUCAAGUUGGUCUGCCGUUAAUAUAUUUGCCGAUGGUCGACAGGAAAACUGUACAAUCGAGUCAACUGGAUUAAAGACGAUUGUUUAUUAUUGUCCUGAAUUUGCAUCAGAAGCGGAUGAUUAUAUUCUAUUUUUGGAAAACAAACAUUCUAUUUGCGAAUUUAAAGCAACUUCGUAUAAUUUAGCUUUAGAUGCAAAAUUUAAGAAUUCUGAUAAGGAACUAAUAUCAACUUUAAAUGACCUUCAAAACAACUCCCUAUCAACAUGUACCCGUAUGGAACAAUCCUCAUUUUUAUAUAUAGAUUUUCCUACAUUCUACUCCAUAGAAAUCACUUGCUUAUUUAUACGCGAAAUUACUUCCGCUUCCGGAAAAUUUCAUAUACAAUUAUCCUUUUUAACUUUUCAAACAAAAUAUUGUCAACUAGCUAGAAAUAUUAGUAGUACCAUUGACUUUUGGAUGAAAAUUCCAUGCCCGUUUGAAGAUAAAUCAUUAAAGAUUGAGAAUAUGGGAGUCGAAUUUCUUUUGGACGAGAUUGAAUUUUAUAGUAGGAAUAAAACAUACGUUGCUCCCGAUUUUGAUCUCGGUACUACGACCAAUCUUGUGUUAAAUGGUUUUUCGGAAUGGAUUGCUGGAGAUGUUGGCGACGAUUCAUAUCUUUUAAAUGAUAAUCUUAACGAUACAUGUAAUAGCAUUACUAAUAUAAAUAAAGAUGAAAUAUUAUGGUACACGUUCUUUUGGAGAGAAAGCGCUAUAAGGGCUUUUCUAAUAAGAAUUAAAGAGACUAUAUUGUCGGAUGAAAUAAUUACAUUGAAAUUUACAUCUUUAAAUGAUCAAGUUACUAUAAAAGAAAUAAAUUUGUUUAAACCUAAUAAUACUGCCGAUUAUAAUGCUGACAAAGCGAGAACGAAAGAUUUUAAUUGGAAUCCUAUUUAUCCUUGUUUAUCUUCAGAUUUAUUGGUCAAUUGGGGAAGCAAGCAGCUUACUUACUUCUCACCUUUAAUAGAGCUUGUAUUUGAUAAAUUUAAAAGUAUAUUUGAAAUUUAUCAAAUUAGAUUUACUGCUCCAACUGAACAGAAUUCAAUAGAGAUAUCCAGUUACUAUAAACAACACUAUGCAUUUUUGAAUACAAUAAUUCCAUUUACAAUGGAUUUUAGCAAAAUACACUUUCCUAGAAAUACCGAAAAGAGAGUAUGCCAAUCUGAUAUUAAAGUGAAGAGAGGGAAUAAUUUAAUCAAUUGUACAAAUGGCCAUGUUGGGAGCGAAAUUGUGUUUUCUAGUCUUAUUGAAAAUAUUGCUAAAAUAGAAAUAUGUGAAAUUGCUAUAUGGGCAAAGAAAAUCAUUUAUCAACCUUCCUUUCUUUUAAAACUUGUAGAAAAUUCAAAAGCAAACAAAUUGAUUGAUUUGGAUGGACCUUCAAGGCUAACGGGAAUUACGAUUAUUCCCUCAAAUGGUUUCUUAAAUAAUUAUAUUAGUGAUUUCUUAUUUAACUCUUUUCUAUUUUAGUCAUCAAUGAAAGUUUCUCAGUUGUUGGUAUACAGUUUAAAGAUUCCAAAAGGAGAGUUCAAGAGAGAAAAACGAUUCUGGAAUAUGAUCCUAACAUAUAUGGACCGUUAGUAAAUAAUAUGAAAGUUAACUUGAAAGUUUCAUCGCCUUUUAUCGACUCAAUUCAAAUUAAUUCAACAACAAACGAUUCAUUAACUAUAAAGGUUCAAGGGUUUUUUCAUAAAGGAGAUCAAGCUCGAUUAAUUGCUGUUAAUAUGACUAGAAUACAAAAUACCAAUAUGCCAUCUGCAACAACUUUUAGCGCAUGCAGUAAGUUAUGCAAAGAGACGUCCACUUGUACAGGAUUUAUUUGGGAAUUUCCAAUAAAGAAACAAUGUUGGUUGGACCAUUUUUUCACGACAAGUGGUUCUUUAAAAGAGAAGAAAUAUAUAAACGAAAAUGCGGGUGCAGCAUGUCUUCUCUCUUGUCCGUUACAAAAUUCAAUGUACUUUUCAUACAGUACAUCGGUUAAUCGGUUAAAAGUUCAGUUACAAAAUGAGAAAUGCCCUUGAUUGUUUAUUAGUUAUUAA